AUGUCACCCGCACCACACGUUGUCUUCUCUCAUGAGCUAUCCAAGGCCUUCAGACGUGGGCACCCUGUUGCCAAUCCUCAGCCCGUUGAGUUACAGAGCACCAAUUCGAAUGGGGUGACCGAACAAUUGCUACGACCUGCGGAGAUCGGAGAUGUGGGCUACAUUCAGCCCGAACAUGGGUUCUUCAUCAGCAUCUUCAACGUACACAAGGAGCCCGGGACGGACGGGCAGCCUUGUAUUGACGAUCUCCCUGAUGGAUUUGAGCCUAUGCCGAAGACCGCGAUCUCUAAGACUACGGAUACAACACCCGUUUUCCUCUCGCAGAGCGUGACGACCACCGAGCUGGACAUCUCUGCAUUAGGACCAUUCUUCGGUGGCUCUGCCGGGUUUUCUUCCUCUACUAAAUGUGGCGCUAUACUGGCCACUCCAGAUCCCAUCACCUGCUACAACGCCAUUCACAUACUCCGCUACAAGGCGUACGCAAAGGAUCACCUCAGAAGUUGGUACGAGUUCGCUCGUCGACGGGGUCAUGAUAUCGCUUUAGAAGACUUGAUCUUCGUCACUGGUGUCGACUACACCACAUCAUGGGCCACCGCAGUCUUCGUGGAUGCCCAGCUUCAAGCUGGUUUUGGCCUUCAGGUGCAGUUUGCUAACGUCGGCGACGGCGUGAAGCUGGCCUGUCGAUACUCUUGGUCACGUACAUCCGGCGCUUUGGUUAAUCAUGGACCCGCCCAGUCAUCACGACCUUCACCUUCCCGUGCCGACUUCACAUUUGGGCAUGAAGCCUCAGUACCAGUGCCAUUGGCGAACCAAGACGCAGCCGAUGUGACCACAGAGCACGAGCUCGGCGUGGCGCUACGGCCUAUGAAUACCUUGAAUAAUCAGACACUUUUCGUAAGGUCCAUACGCGCCAAACGUCGCCUGCCUUGGCCAGGUUUGAGAAUUGAAGCAAGGGGCGAGAAGGAUGAAGACGACUCGGAUGACAACUCGGAUGAUGGCGAUGACACGGAUAUCAUCGAUGAUGCUGCGGCCAUGGGCAACAACUCGGACGAUUUCGUGUUAUCGAGGGACCCGAAACGAACCCAGGUUCAAACAUAUCUGGACGAUAUACUGGAUCAUAUUCUACUGAACUCGGACUCAGAUAUCGCCCUCGCGCACGACGAGGAUCUGGAUCUCCCGGUUGGCCUCGGAUCUCUUGCUCAGGUGGUACCGGUAGUUCAGGAUGGUGUGGGAAUGAUUCUAUGUGGCCAUACCGACAAUCCAGCUACUUCAACCGUCCUGUCGAUGACGGAUCGUGUACAGGACAACGUAGCAGGUCCAGCUCCACCAACGCUAGAGGGGGAGGAGGCGCACACCGCUCCGUCAUACAGUGACGUGACACAUAGGCCCGAAGUGGCGGGCGGAACGACUGCCGAUUCGGCUUCAUCUGGACAUACUGUCAACGCAUUGGACGGGCUUUCAUUAUCAUCCUUUGAAAGAGAUCGCUCGAGCGGCAACAAAUCCCAUGCCCGCAUUCCGAGGAUGGCAGAGACGGACAUCCUAAUCUCGCAAAACAAUGCAGACCCUUUCGCCAAUCGCAUUGCAUCGUUCAUGGAUCGUGGCUACAUCGCAAACAUGUUCGAGUCGGCUGCAAGGACGUACUGGAGUGCUGUGCUGAAGACCACCCCUGAGGGACUCCCUCUACAAAUGAUCUCCGGCCCAUCUCCCUGCUGGUGCAUCAGCCCGCAUGAGCACACUGCAGGAGCACAGAAUGCGGGGCGCGUCCUGGACUACAUGCUUGAUGCGGAUCAUGCCACGGGUCCAGUGGUACCGCAGCAGCUCUGGCAGCCACUGUACAAGCGUAUCCGUGAAGUACUUGUGGAUAACUCGCGGCUCUGCAUGCCAGUCUUCUUCGUCGCUCAGGAGUCUGGGCACGUGGGAUUAUCCCUGUCCGAUGCUCUGGCGAAGAAGCACUACCUGCUGCAGGGCCACGAUCAGGCCGUGGACCUCGGCGGCAAAGUUACGACACAUAUACGGAUACUGUGGAAAGGAUAUGCGGAGUACAAGCGCCAGAUCCAAAUCCAGGACCAGACGAACGACCGCAAGCCCAUCACUCUCAGUCGUCUGGUUGAGCAUGUCGCGCGGACUGUGCAACGUUUCGUUGAGAAGCCUCCCCAGCGGAACGAAGAUGAUUUCGACCCACGCUGGACCGUCGGUCCGGACGGGCUCUCGAGUAACGACCUUAUCCUCGUCGGGAUAGUGCACUCGAGCGCUGGAACUUGGCAGCCUAUCCUCCAGCUCUCACGACCUUUGCCCCACCUCGAGCAGCCGACCGCGCCAAUAACCGACCCGCUUACUCUCCUUUUGGGCCCAUACACGCGUCCUCGAUUACCCGGGAGCUCUCUCAACGAGCUGCGUAGCGUGUCUUCUGGAGAAGACUAUGACCUUUGGGCUCAAGCACGCUCCCGGGCGCAGUUCUCGACGGCGAUUGUUCCAGCACCAUCGCCACCUGAACAUCAGCACACAAGUUCAUACCCAUCUUCGCCCAAUCCUCAGAUGACUCAUACGGAUGGCGCUUAUUUGCCAUCCUCACCUCCAUACGGAGCCCAUUCAUCCGCAUGA